ACUUUGGGAGCUGCAUAUUUAAACAGCCCCAUAAACAUUUACUCUGGACUUCAGACAACUUCUCCAGACAAGCUUUAAUACAAUAUUCAAGAUGGGCAGGAUUGUGUUUUUUGAGGACAAGAACUUUCAGGGUCGCCGUUACGAGUGUGACAGCGACUGCUCCGACUUCCAUGCCUACCUUAGCCACUGCAACUCUAUUCGUGUGGACAGCGGCACCUGGGUGGUUUACGAGCGGCCCAACUACACGGGUAACCGGUAUCUGCUAACCAGGGGGGAGUAUCCUGAGUACCUGGGCUGGAUGGGACUUAAUGACUGUCUCAGUUCCUGCAAGAUUAUACGCUUUACGAGUGGAAUGCAGUACAAGGUUCAGCUGUACGACAAGCCUGACUUCACAGGCCAGGCCAUAGAGUCCACUGAAGACUGUCCAUCUGUGGUGGAGAGGUUCCGUCUGAGAGAGGUCAAUUCCUGCAAAGUUCUGGAUGGUUACUGGAUCUUCUACGAGCAUCCCAACUAUCGUGGUCAUCAGUACUUCCUGGAGAAAGGCAACUAUCGCAAACCAGUGGACUGGGGUGCAGUCUGUCCCACCGUGCAGUCUUUCCGUCGCUUCACAGAGUGAUGUUCCUAUGUCACAAUAAUUAGGCUAUUUGGCUGUGACACAAAUCGAAGUUCUGGCUAAAAUAAAGUUUGGCUGGAGACCCAC